AUGGCGACUAGUAUGCGUGGCCUGACUCAGUUUAUCGCGGACAUACGGGCGUCUCGUGUCCGCGAGCUGGAGGAAAAGCGCAUUAACAAGGAGAUGGCGCACAUAAGAAAGAAGUUCAAAGAUGGACAGCUCGAUGGGUAUCAGCAAAAGAAGUACCUCUCCAAGAUUAUCUUCACAUACAUCCUCGGCUACAAGGUUGACAUCGGUCACAUGGAAGCCGUCAACCUCAUCUCGAGUUCAAAAUACAGCGAGAAGCAAAUUGGGUACCUCGCUGUGACUCUUUUGAUGCAUGAGAACUCAGACUUCCUCCGAUUAGUCACUAACUCCAUCAAAAAGGAUUUAGACUCCAAUAAUGAGAUCAAUAACUGCUUAGCACUUCAUGCUAUAGCAAAUGUUGGAGGCCAAGAAAUGGCAGAAGCACUGGCUCCCGAUGUUCACCGGCUACUUAUAUCACCGACGUCGCAAAGCUUCGUGAAGAAGAAGGCAGCACUGACACUCCUACGUUUAUAUCGCAAACAUUCGGAGGUCAUACCAGCUGAAGAAUGGGCUCUCCGUAUCGUCUCUAUCAUGGAUGAUGAAGACCUUGGGGUUGUUAUUUGCGUAACUAGCUUAGUCAUGGCCCUUGUCCAGGACUACUCGGAUGCAUAUGCAGUGUGCUACACAAAGGCAGUGGAUCGACUAAGCAAAUUGGUAAUUGAGAAACAAUUUCCCCAUGAAUAUCUCUACUACAAAGUACCCACCCCCUGGCUACAAGUGAAGUUGCUACGGCUGCUGCAAUACUAUCCACCACCCGAGGACGUUACUGUGAGAGGCGUCAUCCAUCGCGUUCUCCAAACAAUUAUGCAGAGCUCCUCAACGGAAUCGAAAAAUGUCCAACACAAUAAUGCACAAAAUGCCGUGCUUUUUGAAGCUAUAGGACUGGCCAUCCAUAUUGACGCGAAGUCAUCACUCGUGGCUUCAGCGGCUCUUCUCCUCGCACGGUUCAUCAUGUCCAAGGAGACGAACGUGAGGUAUCUUGGUCUGGAUACGAUGGCGCAUCUAGCUGCUCGCGCAGACUCCCUCGAGCCCAUCAAGAAACAUCAGCACACGAUUAUUCUCUCGCUCCGUGACAAAGAUAUCAGCGUGCGGCGUCGGGCCCUUGAUCUGCUCUACAGUAUGUGUGAUGUUGAUAACGCAGAGCUCAUUGUCGGGGAACUGCUAAGGUACCUGAAGGUGGCCGAUUAUGGGCUUCGGGAGGAGAUGGUUUUGAAAAUCGCAAUAUCCACGGAGAAGUUUGCCACAUCGUACAAAUGGUAUGUCGAUACCAUUCUGGAGCUUAUCAGCUCCGCUGGUGACCAUGUUGGCGACGAAGUUUGGUAUCGAGUCGUUCAAAUUACGACGAAUACCGAAGAUUUGCAAGAAUAUGCUGCUAAGGCUGUAUUUGAGCACCUAAAAUCGCCAACUUGUCACGAGAGCUUAGUUAAAGUUGCAGGAUACAUUCUUGGCGAGUAUGGUCACAUUGUAGCCAAUGAACCCGGCUACAGCCCGAUGGAUCAAUUUCAAGCGUUGCAGCUCAAAUCACAGUUUUCUUCCGCUUCAACACGCGCCUUACUUCUAUCGACUUAUCUCAAGUGGGCAAACGUGUUCCCCGAGAUCAAAGAGCAUGUUGUCAAUGUUUUCGAGCGGUAUCAGCAUGUAUUAGACUCGGAGCUCCAGCAACGUGCAUGCGAAUAUCUGAUCAUUGCUAAGCGGCCUGAUGAAGACGAACUCCUUCCCCGAAUAUGCGAGGAAAUGCCUCCGUUCCCUGAGCGGGAGUCUACUCUUCUAAGCCGAUUGAAUGCCAAGCACCUUGACACGGGGGACAAGCGUACAUGGGUCAUUGGCGGGAAGGAGGCUAAUCAGGAUCGCGAGGUCUCAGCGAAGAAGUUUGGUACCAUCCGCCGGCCACGGGGCACGGCAGGGUCAACCAAGGACACUACAUCAGCACCGGGGUCGACCCCUGAUGUCCCCACCCAAUCAUCAACUGGAGAAACGGAUUUAUUGGGUGAUUUGGCAGGGCUUGCCAUUGGUCCUACACCCGCGUCAAAUAAUGUCAUUUCGAAUCCCUCAGUUCCAUCUGGUGCUGGCAACUUCGACUUCAACGUUGCAAUUGACCGUUGGUUCGAGAGACUCACGUAUUCUAGUGAUGGAGUCCUCUUUGAGGAUGUGCAGAUUCAGAUCGGAGUUAAGUCAGAGUUUCAUGGUCAUCUUGGUCGUAUUGCACUAUAUUUCGGGAACAAGAUGAGCCAGCCGCUUACCUCCUUUACUGCCACCGUCGAUGGAGUCAAUCCGGAAACUUUGUCGGUUUCCUUCACCAAGAUCCCCCAAACCGUGAUACAACCUACUUCGCAAUCGCAGCAACUUCUACAAGUUGAAUGCAAAAAUGUCUUCACGGCGCCUCCUGUGCUCCAGGUGUCUUUUAUGGCAGGCUCUCUACAGACUCAUCGCAUCCGCUUGCCUAUCGUCCUCUCGAAAUUCUUCGAACCAGUAAAACUCUCUCCGGAAGAUUUCUUCGAACGAUGGAAGAUUAUCGGUGGUCCUCCGAGGGAGGCCCAGAAGAUUUACCCGAUCCACUUGGAUGCCUCCGGAAAUGUUGAUUACCCGAGAAAUCAAAGAGUGGUGGCAGGUUCGAGAUUCCAACUUCUGCAAGACGUUGACCCGAAUCCGAUUAACAUCGUGGCAUCUGGGGUUUUACACACCUCUGGCGGAGGUAAGGUGGGGUGUCUUAUCCGUGUUGAGCCAAACAAGGAAGCUGAGCUUUGUCGUCUCACCGUGCGCAGCACCUCCGAAGUAGUUUCAGGGGAAAUCCUGGCAUUACUGGCGAAGCCGAUGAACACAGAUACCGCAAUGUCAUGAAUGUUUAUUAUAUAGUACAUAUCUAUUUGUUGUACUUAAGCGCA